GUUUGGGUUUGGUUUUCUUCCCAGGAUAGAGAGGGACAGAGCUGUUUCUAGCCACAGGGUGCUCGUUCCAGUGCUACAGCCUCAAUGGGAAAUCAUUGAAACUGCACUCAGUCUGCUCAUUUGAUUGGAUCUGCACUCCUGCUAUCCCCAGUGGCUUAUUCACAUUGAAUUUCAAGUUGUUAGAGAUUUUUGUUAAUUCUCACACUAAAAGAUUUGUGUAACAUACCAAAAGUCGAGGAUUAAAGAGCUCAUUAUCAGAUUCCCAGGCACAUAUCAGACCUCUGCUGAAGGAUUUCCUUGGACACACUUUUGGACAGCCUCUUGCCAGCUUCUCGCGGCCCCUCGCUAGAAUGUAAAUGCAUUCCUGCAUCUCUAAUUUCAAAAGAACUUCCUACAUCAGGAUGAAGGGACUAAAAGAAACUCCUCAGGACCGGGGCUGCUUGGUGGGGAUCAGUUUCUUCAUUCUGGGCCUGGGAACGUUGCUACCAUGGAAUUUCUUCAUGACUGCCUCAUUGUACUUCCAAGGUCGCCUGAACACAACGGAAUGGAGCAACAGGACAGUGGUUGUCCGCAAGGAGUACUACUUCAACAACUGGAUGACCCUGCUGUCCCAGCUGCCCCUGCUGCUGUUCACCCUGCUCAACUCCUUCCUCUACCAGAGGAUAUCAGGGGUGAUACGCAUCGCAGGCAGCCUGGGUUUCAUCCUGGUGCUCUUCAUCCUCACAGCAGUGCUGGUUAAAGUGCCCAUGGAGGAAGACCGCUUCUUCUCUGUCACCAUGGCUACCAUCUGGUUCAUCAACUCGUUUGGUGCCGUGCUGCAGGGCAGUCUGUUCGGCCUGGUGGGUCUGCUGCCUCAGAAGUACAGCGCCAUCUUCAUGAGUGGCCAGGGCCUCGCCGGGACCUUCGCUGCCAUCGCCAUGCUGAUAGCCAUCGGCAGUGAUGCAGACUCUGAGACAGCAGCGUUGGGUUACUUCAUCACACCGUGUGUGGGAACGCUGGUCACACUCUUCAGUUACCUGCUGCUGCCCCGCCUGGAGUUUGCCCAGUAUCAUCUCAACGGCAGCAAGUAUGAGGCGGGAACCACAGACGAGCUGCUGAAAGAGAGCAGCACAGUGGAGAACGGCAAGCUGAAUGGCCAUGCUAACGGCUCAGCUGGUGGCUCUCCAGCUGAGGUCGAGGUCGACCCCGAUAACGACGGGACCAAGCACGCCUUCCUGUCGCUGGAGCCAGAAGAGAAGCCCGAGAAGGGCCAGGCCAAGGCCUCGGUCAUAGAGGUCUUCAAAAAGAUCUGGGUAAUGGCUUUCUGCGUGACGUUUGUGUUUACAGUCACUCUGUCCGUCUUUCCUGCUGUCACUGCAGAUGUCAGAACAUCAUUCCCAGGAAAAUGGGAACGCUUCUUUAUCUCGGUGUGCUGCUUCUUGACUUUCAACCUCAACGACUGGUUCGGUCGGACCAUCACCACCGUAAUACGCUGGCCUUGUAAAGAGUCGCGCCUGUUCCCGGCGCUAGUUGUCUCCAGGGUGGUGUUCAUCCCUUUGCUGAUGCUCUGUAAUGUCCAGAAUCGCUCCUACCUUCCCGUCUUAUUCUCCCACGAUGCAGCUUUUGCUUUCAUCAUGGCCGUCUUCUCGGUGUCCAGUGGCUACUUCGUCUGCCUCUCCAUGUCCUACGCGCCACAGUUGGUGGAACCUAAAGACGCAGAGACUGCAGGAGCCCUGAUGACCUUCUUCCUGGCCCUGGGUCUGUCCAUUGGAGCCUCCCUGUCCUUCCCCCUCCGAGCUCUGGUCUAGUCUCUCUCUCACACACAUACACACACACACACACACACACACAUACAGCACUGCGUAGACACUAGAAUAUUUUUCAUACACACCUGGAGGAGGGUGGAAUAUGAUAAAUAGUUUAUCAUCAGUGUGCCCCUCCUGGACGACCUUCUCGUUGUUUCUCCACUCAUCGGUCAGCUGCUGUGCGUGUUACAGCAUGACGGCCCUGACAACCAGGGAGCCCGGGUGACGCUGUGAAAACACAGCUCAUGAAGCGGUACUGGUCAUAAACGACUGACAGGAUUCCCUUUGAAUGGGAACAAGGGAUUUGCUGCAUGUUCCUCUGAAUGAGUCCUAGUUAUGUUACUUCCUGUAAGGUUAGAACAGAUUCUCUGUACAUACAAUGUAUAGGACUGAUUGUGCUGGACUUCCAUGUUUAUUGUUGUGUGUUUCUACAUUUUUAGGUUUAUUUAUGUUUAUUAUAGCUUUUGUUGUCAGUAGUUAUAUGGGCAUUCUCAGCUGAUUCUAUGUAGAUAAAGGGACUUCCUAGAAGGACGGACUUUAUUCAUAUGCUGCAAUUAAGAAAACCUAGGUACAAUAGAAGUAGUUGUUUCUGCUUUGGUGUUAUACUGCAUUUGUUUGGAUUUUGAAAAGAGAUAGAUGUUUUCUAUUUGGUUGAUGACUUGAAUGAUUACCGUGAAACUUCUUUAGGUACUUUUGAUGUAUUUUUCUGCCUAGAAUGAUUUUGUAUUUUCUAAUGAAAUGGCUCAAUGUUACAGAAGUUGAACAAACAAAAGGAUAUUUAUAAUGUAUAGAUGGAUUACUGAAGGGGCCAAACAGGCACAGGCUCAGGGGCCCGAGCAGUCAAAGGAGUUAGGGCCCCUGGGCCAGAGCCUCUGUUAGGAGUGACAGAUGAGACUUCCUGUUGGAAAGUCAAUCAGAGGACCACAAAGACCCGCAAACAGUUAGGAAGACAUACAAAACAACCACAGAGACACAAAACAACCACAAACUGGGGAGAGAUGCAAAAUGGCCACAAAGACACAACUGACUACAAAGAGACCACAAAACAGAUGUGUUGUUUGUAGUGGUUUUGUGUCUCAGUCUGGGUGUCUUGCUGCUAUGUAGGAGAGGUGGGAGUUCUUUAACAUGUCUGUGUCCGGGGUACCCAUUGGGCAUUGUUCCAAUUCCAGUUAGUCCUCACCUCCCAGUCUCCUCUCCACUGCAGCAAUACAAACCUGCACCAAGCUACUGCUGCCACCUACUGGUCGAAAGACUGAGGUUCUUCUUCUGUGACUGGGGAUACUACUUGGACAGGAAGUGGAGUUUACAGCACCAGGUGAUACUUGAUCACAUUCGUUGGUGACAGGCCAGACUUUAUGUUAACAGGUUUUGUGAGUAUGACAACAUUCUUCAUUAGACAUGCCCAGGGCUGGCACUGAUGCUAUGAUGCAACUACAAGAAAUACAUCUCUAACAUCUCCUGACAACAACUGGCAGCUGCUGUCUUGUUACUUAAUGGACUGAUGGAGUAAUGCGACCAUUAAUCAGAUGUGAAAAUAAAAACAAUAAAAGGCACUGCAAAUGAUGAGUUUAAUAUUAAAUAGAUAUUGUAUUAGCCACUUAACUAUGUGUAAUAGUUGGAUUUUUUUAGACAUUGCUACAAAAGUGCCAAUGACACAAAUACUUUCAGUUUGUUGGGAUUUUUUAUUCUCUUCCUGUAGAGGAAUUAACUUAUUUCUCCAGCUUGAUGUAGAUUUCUUUGAUCAGCAAAAUGUUUUUAUUUUGCUCAAGUGCUUUUUUGUUUUUUUAUUUACUGACUCUGUAAAUGAAGAGUUUCUGUAUGAGUAUUGUAUGAGGUGUCAUGCACAUGUAAAUUUGAGAAUUGGUGUUGUAACAGCUGCUGCUUCAAAUGAACCAAGGUCUGAGUACCAAUGGGAGCAUUAUUAAUGGUACUUUUUAAAGUGAACACAUGCAUUUAUAAUGGGGUCAAUGGUUUACAGCAAACACAAUAAUAGCGAUGUAAGACAAAACACAGCCAGUACUUGCACUGGCAACAAUGAGCAUUUAAAAAUUUAAUUUUGGUUUCGUUCAACCCUGCCAGUCCUGAAGGUCAGAUUUAGUUAAUGCUAACUAAAGUCUGAGUCUGAGUCUUCUGUAUUUUCAGUAGGAAGCUGAAAUGAACCAUACAGUAUAAUGCUUAAUUCCAUGUCAUACUUUAUUUUUGUUCUACUUCUGAGCUUCGUGUAUAAGGAACGUAGACUGAUAUGGAUAGCUCUCAGGCAAUAUAUGGUACAUGGCUGCAGAUGUUCUAACAGUUGCAGCUCAGCCUAAUUAUAAUAAUAAUAAUCAGCCAUAAUAAUAAUAAUAAUAAUAAGACUCAGUUUAAAAGGCUCAUGUUGUGUUCACAUCAUAUCGGAUUGACUGUAAAUACAAGCUGCUGUCUGCCUCCUCGUGCUAAUUAGUCUGUGCUUGUGUUGCUAAUGGCAUGUGUCAACACGGGGCACAGCAGGAAGUCCUCCGACAUUAGCGAGGAAACCAGACUGAUCCGAGGUCCGUGUUUUUGUUGUCUCUGAUAUGGUGCGACCGCAGCGUUAAUACAGUCACAUGCUGGCAGAAGAUGCGCACACAAAGGGUUGAACUACCAGGCUGUGUCUCCUGAGUGACAGUAAAAGGGAAGAGAGUGUGCAUGUUCAUAAUGUAUCUUUGGAUCUGACUGUCAAUAAAUGGAUGGUUAUAA